AUGGAGCCCAAUGCCACGUUCACUACCGGGCUCCCGGUCAUGCCUGAGCAGCUCCGACUCAUCUUUGCCGGGGUCUGCGGCCUCAUCCUGCUGGUGGGGCUGUUAGCCGAUGGGCUCAUGCUGCUGGUGGUGGGUCUGGGCCCCGGCACCCCCCGGCUGCUCCUCGCCCUGACCAACAGCCUCAUGGUGAACAUCACACUGUCUGACCUGUUCUUCCUGGCCUGCGUGGUGCCCGUGCCGCUGCUGAGCUUCCUACGGCACGACUGGUGGCUGGGCCCUGUCAUCGGCGCCAGCAGCCAGGCCACCAACACAGCCACCAUGUUCUGCACCUUCUACAGCAUGGUGGCCACGACCCUUCUGCACCAUGUUGCCGUGGCCUGGCCUGAUGUGGCCCUCCCAGUCAGCCAGGGUGCCCGCCUGCUGCUCUGUGGGGCCAUGUGGGUUUGGGGACUCACCGUCCUGCCCAAAUGGCUGUCCCAGCGAGUAGUACUGGAAGAGGAAACCUCAGGAGCCCCUGAGGCCUGGGCCUGCCGCUUGUUCCCGAGCCCUGCUCAGACCUCCUGCUACUUCACCCCUGGAGCCCUGGCCCUCCUACCUUUCGUGUUGGAGCUAGGCUGCUCUUUCAGCCACGUGGGCUGGCUCCUGUGGACACAGCCCCGUGGUCCCACGGGGGAGAGCAUCCAGGAGCACCGGGAGAACACAGGGCUCAUCCUCGUGGUGCUGGUGAUUUUCGUGCUGAUGUGGGGGCCCCACUCCAUGCUGGGCUGCGUAGUGGACAUGGGCUGCCUGCCUGCCACACCGGUGGCUUUCGUGGCCUCCAGCCUCUGCACCGUCCUAGCCUACUCCAAUUGUGCUGUCAGCCCCCUCCUCUGCUUCUACCUCUCCCGCCCCUUCUGGGCAGGACUUAGGAGGCUUUUCUGCAGGCCGACGAUAGCCAGGCAUCCCAGGGGUGUGGGAGGGGCUGCUAUGGUGAUGGAGAGCCCAGCCUGGCCAUGA